GUGCCGCCGCCCGCCGCCCUCCGCCCGCACCGACCACCUGAUCCCGCUCCGCCCGCCGCAGCCGCAGCCUUUGUGUGAGGAGCGGCGCGGCGCGGGGCGGCCCCAUGAGGCGGUGAGGCGGCGCGGGAUGGCGGCGGCGGGCGGCGGGCGGCCGCCGGGCCCCGACUCGUCGCUGGAGCCGUACGUGCAGACCCGCAUCUUCAAGAUCAUCGUGAUCGGGGACUCCAACGUGGGCAAGACGUGCCUGACCUUCCGCUUCUGCGGGGGCACCUUCCCCGACAAGACCGAGGCCACCAUCGGCGUGGACUUCCGCGAGAAGACGGUGGAGAUCGAGGGCGAGCGCAUCAAGGUGCAAGUGUGGGACACAGCUGGCCAGGAGAGGUUUCGGAAGAGCAUGGUAGAGCACUACUAUCGCAACGUGCAUGCCGUCGUCUUCGUUUACGACGUCACGAAGAUGACCUCCUUCACCAACCUCAAGAUGUGGAUCGAGGAGUGCAAUGGGCAUGCGGUGCCCCCCCUUGUCCCCAAGGUGCUCGUUGGGAACAAGUGUGACUUAAAGGACCUGAUCCAGGUGCCGUCCAGCAUGGCCCUGAAGUUCGCUGACGCUCACAACAUGCUUUUGUUCGAGACCUCAGCCAAGGACCCUAAGGAGAGCCAGAACGUGGAGUCCAUCUUCAUGUGCCUGGCCUGCCGGCUCAAGGCGCAGAAAUCGCUGCUCUACCGCGACGUGGAGAGGCGGCCGGGCCGGGCGCACCGGCUGGAGCUGACGCGCGACGCCAACGGUAAAAACGCCUGCCCGUGCUGAGCCGGGCGGCUCCGCCCGCUGAUACCAAUAAAGUCUGUGAGGCUGCACUG